AUGGCAACUAAAAGUGUUGAAGCAGACUGUGGAGGAACGGUAGACAAAAAGCGUCAUACAAUGUCAGGAGACCAAAUAUCACAAUUAUCUGAUUUGUUUAUACAUCACAUCUUUUCAUUCCUUCCUACCAUUUAUCUAGUGCGAAUAAGUAUUCUUUCCAAGCAUUGGAGACAGGCGUGGGUUUCAACUCCCUUUUCAUAUUCUGAUGACUUACAGGGCAUUACUUUCUACAAGAAUGUGAAGAACCGAGAUAUGGUCUUAAAGUUCAUGACUAAUUACUUGAGAUAUCGCAAACAGUAUAUACAGAUUCCAGAUACAUUCAUUUUAAGUUUUAGGUGUGAUACAGGCUAUAAUUUCUCAAGCAGUAGCAGCGAUGCUAUGAGACAAAUAGAUGAUUGGUUAAACUUUGUUGUUAAAAGCAAAGUGAAGGAGUUAGAUCUCCAUGUCAAAAACCUAAUUUCUGGGCUUCCUCUCCUUGAGAGGUUAGCUUUACAAUCCCACGCAUCAAAAUCUUUUAGCAUCCGUAGUCAUAGCCUGAGAUAUGUUUCCAUUGCAUCAUACGUGCUGGAGGUUGCACUUGCAGUUACAGAACCAAAUUUAAUUCACUUGCACCUUGAAUAUUAUGCUGGGUUAACCACUUCAGUUGAUGCUCCCAAUACGUUGGAAGCCAGUUUAAGCCUUCAGAAUCCUGUUGGUGUUCUUUAA